AGAAAUUCCGAAGGACGCCGAACAAUGCCGAAGCUUAACGGAGUGGCGCUACUGGACUCGGGGUUUUGCGACUGACGACGACAUGUCUGCGGGGACAAGCUCCGCCGCGAAGCUCACCGCCGAAUAUUUCCUAGUCUAGUUGGUUCAUCAGGCGCCCUCACCUGAUGACAUCCGCUCGGUGAUGUGACGCCGCAAAGGCGCUUUUUUAUUUUGUAAACAGUGGUGCUAUAUUUAUCAUUGGUGAACGCGCAUCGUUUCAUUAUUAUCGCGUGUGUUUUGCUGGGGCGAGAAAUAUCAUGAUAGGCAAGACUGCGUAAACUUGGAGUACAAGAUCAACUCCAGAGUUCGAUAGUGCGCGGCAGCUUGAGGAGGCACGAUGGCCUGAUUCGCCUUUUCAUGAAGCUCCACUGCCCUGACUCGUUGAUGGGUGUGCGGGGGUGACUGGAGUGAUGGGAUGGGGCCUGAGCCCCAUGGAGUUCGGGUAGACCCGUCUCCGGCCCAGCUCCCCAGCCCCCUCCGCCAUCGUAGGGCAAAUUGGCAAAAUUGCUCCUGCAAGAGACGCAGAGGGCCGCCUCGAACGCGAUGGAGGCCUCCAGUGCUCAACAACAGAAGGAGAAGGAGCCUCGCGUUCAUAGGCCUUGCGCCUUCGACAAGAUGGAGGGGCUGGUGCGGGAGAUGCAAGACCCUGAGAACGGGGUACCCGUGCGCAGCCAGAAACAAUUCCUUACCUCGAUUCCUUCAGCAUUCAUGGGUGAGUGUCAACGGUACCUGAGUUGUGGGGCAAACAAUUUUGGACUCAAUUCUACAGUAGACUGCCUGCGUGUUGCAGGUUAUGACCUGAUCGAGUGGCUGAUGGAGCGACUAAACAUCGAGGAAUCAGUAGAGGCGGUUCAUAUUGCUAAUCAACUUUGCCAAUACGGCUACUUCUUCCCUGUAAAUGACUCCAAGACUCUUGCCGUAAAAGAUGACAGCUCUCUUUAUAGGUUUCAAACACCCUACUAUUGGCCAUGGCAGCAUAGAACACCGGACAAUGUGGAGUAUGCCAUUUACUUAGCUAAGCGUACUCUAAGAAAUAAGCAACGCCAUGCUCUUGAAGAUUACGAGAUUGAGGCCUUGAACAGUUUGAGAAAGAAUUUGCAAAACAAGUGGGAUAUUAUACAAUUGCAAGCCGAGGAACAGGUGCGAUUAUCGAAAGAGCGAAAGAAAGGGGAUAAGAUUGUAAGUGACUCGCAGGAACGUGCAUUUUGGAGAGUUUACCGACCACCACCAGGGUGUUCGAGUACCCUUGAGAUAGUGCCUGUUCCGGCUCGUGCAAGACCGGGACAACGUGCUCUACCCCGCAAAAGAACUCUUACCGAUUUGCAGCGUGAGGUUGACCUUUUACGAAAUAGUUUAACUCGCACCAGAGUGAAGGUUUCAGUUGCGAUAGAAAAUAUUAAGUCUCACUAUGAAACUUAUGCAGAAUAUGAUUCCAUGAUUUCACCACCACAACCUUCCAAUCCAUGGAUCACUGAUGAUCAAACUUUUUGGCAACUAAAUAGUCCUUUGGUGGAAGUUCCUACGGAAAAAAGAGUAAAAAGGUGGGGAUUGUCGAUGGAAGAAUUAAUGUCGGAUCCAACGGGUUUACUGGAAUUCACAAAUUAUUUAAGGAAAGAAUAUAGUCAUGAAAAUAUUCGAUUUUGGAUGGCUGUUAAGGAUUUGAGGCACAGUUAUCAAGCCCAGAUUGCUGAAAAAGUCAAUGAAAUCUUCAAAGAAUUUUUGGCACCUGGUGCGCCUUGUGAAAUAAAUAUUGAUGGAAAAACAAUGGAGAAGGUUCACCAGGAAAUGAAAAAUCCAAGUAGGUUUACGUUUGAUUCGGCUGCUGAACAUGUGUACGCGUUACUUCUCAAAAAGGAUUGCUAUCCCAGAUUCAUUCGCUCUGAUCAUUAUAGAAAUCUUCUAGCUUCCGGAGUUCAGCCACUUGUUAAAAAAAGUGUGCAGUUUCGAGAUAAAAGAUUCUUUGUAUUUGGAGGUCAGGCAAAAAAGAAGACACCAUCGACAUCAACGACGAUGCCUGGUCUUCAGCAACAGCACACGAUCACUGGUGGAGUAGGAAGACGAAGAGGAAGUGAUCGCAGUUUAUCGGGUUCAGCUCACGAGCUUGCAAUUUUAGGAGUUCGUGAUGUGACUUCAGCUCCACGAGUGCCUCAUUCUCACAGCCAAUCAAACCUCACAGACAUUCCCUACAGGGGUGAUCUGGCUCGCUUCAUUAAGAUUCCUACCAGGCCUAGUUCCCAUAGUUAUCAGGAUGCUGGCGUGGCGGAAGCGACAGUUCGCCCUAUGGACGAUGUUUGCCCUUGGGAUGCGGCGGCACCCGAGACAAUGCCAAAUAUCGCAACAACGGCACCCACAUUAUCUGGAGUUGCAACAGUAUCAUUUGAUGCCUCAUCAUACGACAUGCCACAUCACAGUGGACUCACUCAACCACAUGAUUAUCGAUUAUCAUCGCGAAAAAACUCGUCACAAUUAGAUUCAUGCAGUUCAUCAUCGGAUAUUAGUAUAGCAAUUGCGGAAGUUUCCGAAAGACUGCAUAAAUUUCCGUUUCCAUGUAGUUCGAGUAGUGGUAACGAACGUGCGCCAACAGCCACUAUUACUCGUAACUAUUCAAUAGGUUCAAUAAGUGGUAAGGUGAAACUCGCCGAUACAAGUCGUCCUUCUGUGUCAUCUUAUACAUGUUCUUCGCCCCAACAAUCAAUUGAUUUAUCGUCAUCGCAACAAAUUGUUGGGGACAGUGCGGUUAGAACUGUACCAGAAGAGGAUGUUGAUAUUCAAGUUCGAUCUGGCAUUAAACUUACUUCUACAACAACAACAACAACAACUAUUUCUAGGAAUGAUUAUCAUACGACGACGAUAAAAUCGCCUGGUUUGGCGCCAUUGAUCAGUAUAAGUGCAAUUGUGGGUGAUUUAUCGGGGGACGCGAUUGAUUCGGAACAGGAUAGUGUUGCUGGUUCGAGUUUUGAUUGUGUCUCGAGAGAGGAACAAGCGACGCAAACGAGUUGUCGUCAAGUCGAUGUGGAUGUUCAAAAAAAUGAUGAUGAAGAUGGUGAGAAUGAUGACGACGACGACAAGAUUGUUAAGGACGUAGCGAAAAAUACGUCGACAGUUCAAAGUGAACUGAUAACUGAGGAGGGAGCAGAUGAGGCACAAGUUGUUCCUGUUUGGGAUCCGGACACCCAACAGGAUCCAACGAACGUCCCAACUGCAACGACAACUCAGGAGCAGCGAGACAAUAAUGUUAACGAAGUAUGCCCGUGGGAAGACGAUUGCUGUUGUGACGAUGAAAUCAAAUAGAAAUAAAUUGUCUCUAAAUAUUUCACGAAUAUUUUUUGGAUUUAGAUGAUUUUUCCAAAUGUGCGUAUAUCGUGGAGACAAAAAAAAAUUGGUCGAAUAAGAAGAACGAAAAUUUGAAAAAUAAACGAUUAUUAUUUAUAAAUUUUAAUGUUAAUUCCAUCGAAACUGAAGGUUGUUAGCCAUGAAGAAAGCCAAGUGACAAUCUGAUUUGGAUUCGCGAACGACCUUGAGAAAAAAGAAGAAAAAAAAAGUGAUUGACUCUUGUAUAUAUAGAAAAAAGAAACGCACCAGGAUUAAAUAGAUGCAUAAAUUUCAAUUUUGAAAACAAAAAAAAAAACAGGAUCAUUGAAAAAAAAAAUUACCACUUACAAAAUAUAUCGAAGAUAAUUUUAGAAAUAUUUCCUGUAUAUAUUUUUUUUUAAAUUAUAUAGGUCUCAGUAUAUUUAUACAGGAUAUAUAUGUUGAAAGCGAAAUCAAUGAAGUGAUGACAGAAGGAGUCACGCGUAGGAAAUUAAAAUUUAUUUCAGUGAGAUGUUUUUUUUUCUUUUAAUCCACUAAAAGCAAUCAGCAAAAAUGGAUUAUUAUUUUGCAAAAUAUUAAUGUUUUUUUUUUUGGGGAAAAAAAUUACAAAAUACAGGUGAGAAAUUUUGGAUUUUUUCUUUUUUCAAAAAUAAAGAUCGAUACAUUAACAAUGAAUAGAAUAUACAUUGUACAAUGUCAAGAUUUAUUUUACGUUUUCUUGGCAUAAAAAGGAUUUUGCAAACACGACACGUUCAAGUUCACUUAGUCGCGAUUGCUUUUAUCAAGAUCUUUUGCUACUUGACUAAAAAAUUUUCAAUAUAAAAUAUCGUCUAUAAUGUGUAACAAAAUUUGAAAUCACACGAAUUUGUCGAAAAAUUGUUCGGUACAAAAAUUAUUUUCCCAAAAAAUUUUAAUUAAUAGGUAGUCACUUGUUUUUUUGGGGAGGAAAAUGAUUUUUAUAGCGAAUCAAUUUUUGUUAGAAAAAAAUAACAACUGGAUAUUUUAAAUUUUAAUUUCGGUG